UCGCUUUUGACAGUAACGCGCCCAGGCCGGGGUGAUGAAAUAAUCGGACCAGGACCUUUCACUCUCGGUACAAAAGGGGAGAACACACACAUACAAAUGGUAGCAAUCGUGUACUAUCGAUGCCGCAAACAGCAGACACCUCUUUCAACAGCUGGCGUUGGAGGUCCUUACGGGGUGGAAAACCCUUCCCAUUAUUCGUUCAUCAUCAUUGUCUGUGUGUGCCCUUUUCCUUCGCGGUUGGGGUCAGGAACGUUCACGACCGUUUACUGAAUCCGAAAUUAAUCAUCCCCGAAGGGAGGUACUGUUUCGGGACGCGAUGGGCCGGCAUAAAAUCGCUUCCGAAUCGUUGUGUAUCGUGCGGCGGCUCGAUUUGUGCGAUGUCAUGCGGGGAUAACGUUAUUGUUAAUACGAUGAAUAUGUCGUUUGGGGCGAUUGUGGUGUGCGAUGAAACGAGUUAGAUAAGCACGCAACGCCGGCAAGACCGCCUACCGCACAUACCCUGGAAGGUGUCGAGCUUAAAGAGCAACCGCUGUAGUGGUCGUAGCGUGCUGACACUCGCCGUGCUGCUGGUUUGCCCUCACAUCACUCACUUGCGGACAUUUCGGGUGAAUGUGAACGUGAUUGCACAGGCAAGGCGGGAAAACCCAAGGACGACCCACACCGACCAUUCAGUCGAUAAUUGGAAGCGAAACGAGGCGCACACCUGCUGCACAACUUGUACGCUGGCCGGAUGGUCCUUCCUCGGGCGUUCUUGGCCAACAUUCGACGGCGACUAGCAGGUUCGCGUACGGUGAUGCACACCGGCAUGGGAUGUUCAUCGUCCGUUAUGCUUGAGGAAUCGGUGCCAGCAGGGCAUCCGCCAACCCCGGUAAUGGAUACCGACGGGGGGUACGGCCUCCACCAGCCACCAGCGUUCCUGCCGAAGCAGUCCGAAUCGUUCGUCGAAGCGUACCGUCGGUUGGAUGAGGAAAUUUGCGCGCUCGAAAGUACGACGCCCGGUCCACGGCUGAUGACGGCGGAGGCUUGGGUUGAGCUGAUAAACAGUGCCAAGAGGGGUGGAGUCGAGCAGGGAGUUACAGUACCGCCACCACAGCCACCACCUCCACCCUUACCGAAUGAGGUGAUGCUUGCUAAUGGAACCGUCCCGAAUGGUGGUGUAUUGAGGCGACCGAUAAUGGCUGAAAAGGAUCAUCUAGCCGAGAGUGCCCGUGCCGAGCUGGUUAAGGUUCGUGAAAUCAUUCUCAAGCUAGACAUCGUGUCGAACCAGUUCAAAGCGGCCCAGCAGGAAGAGUUUGUGGCGCGACUGUCCCGCACCGCCAUGGACCAGGAGGCGGACCACUUCCGCGAGGAGAUGAUUGUACACGCGCGCAAGCGUGCGCUAACGCUCCGCAAGGACUUUGAACGCUUGAAGCGACUGUACGCCGAACAGGAUCAGCUACUGUCGACCGUUUACAGCGGUGCGUACGGAACAGUGAACGAACAGACCCUCGAUACGGAGCUAGAGGCGGCACGGGAUGUACGCGACCGGCUCGGUGGUGCCGUCGAGCAGUGGCGCAUUGCCGGCGGAUUGCUCCGAGCUGCCGCCAAAGGGCUGCACCAGGUCGUGGACUACUGGGAGCUGCUACGGCCGUCGAAAAGUGCGACAGAAACGAUCGAGCUUGCGCUGGACGCAAGGUCCACGUGCCACGGUGCACUGAUGGCACUGGAGGCCGCCCAGGCCGCACUACCAUCGGUGGAGAUACCGUACAUUACGGUCCGGCAGCAGUCCGCCGUGCGGCACGCACUCAUCUACCUCCUCACCGAUAUGGUUAAUCCGGCCCGGUAUCAACACACCCGCGAUGUGUUCGGUGUGUUCAGUGCGAACGUGGCCAAAGCCGUCCACUGGCUGCACGAGUGUUACAGUGAAACGCUGAAGCAGGACUUGGACAGUGCCGACCAGGUGGCGACACUGUUGGCGAAAAACUUGCGCGAAGAACGGUUGCGGCACAUUGGGAGCCGGAUGCCGAACAGGGUUUACGUCCGACCAGCGAUCGGAUAGAAGAGGGGUUGGGGGGAAACGGAAAGAACACACACACACAUCGGAAAAGCUCAUUUGGCGAUUUUCUCUAUUUCGGUCAUCUCGCAGCUGCGCGUUAGCUUGUAUUCGCCCUUUUCGGGCGUGUAGUCGAGCGAGCGGUACAGUGGCCGAACCCAGGGCGUGAGCAGGUUUAGGGGCACCCGUUCCUUCUGGCCGCCGGUUGCGUAGCUCACCACAAUUCCGACGACGAUGACGAUGAUCGUGCCGAGCAGGGAGUAGUACAUGAAGCCGAUGCGGAAGACCCACGGCACUUCGGAGUUGUCGUGGCCGGCUGCAUCCCGAUAGAAGGUGCUGGUUUCCGUGCUGUAAGACAUUAGGGCCCCGCCCCAAAGACAAACGUUAGAAUGUGUGUAAAGAGUGCGUUGAUUGCAAUAUAUACCCCGUUACAUUGAAGUCACUGCAACCAUCGUACCGAAAGGGUAAGCUCUCGUACUUGAGAUGUCCGCCCAGAAUCUCCAGCUGCGCUCCGACGGCAAUCACACUGAGCGAUAUCAACGAUACGAUCGCGCCCCAGAAAGCGCCCUUUCCAUUGAUGUGCGGCGAGAACAUCCCCAGAAAGAAGAUACCGAGCAUCGUACCCGAAGUAACGCCCGACACAGAAAUAGCCAAGCUGAAGAUACUACCGAGCUGCUCCACGACAAACACCAGCAGCAGACAAAUCACACCGAUCGUCAUCACCAUCACCUUCACUACCGUGCUGGCCGUUUUGUCCUUCAGCGCAAACCGGGGCCGUAUAAAGUCCUCGAACAGUGUGCCCGACAGUGUGUUCAUGCUGGUGGACAUGGACGAUAGGGCAGCGGAAAAGAUCCCGACCACGAACAGACCCGGCAGCCCAGGGAUGUGCCUCGCAACGUCCAGCACGUAGUAGGCAAAGAUCUGAUCGUACUUCUGCACCGUGCCCUCGUGUAUGGGGUCACAGUCGUGGUACUUGCCGAAGAUUAGCAGCCCAUUGUAGACGGAGAAAAGCUUCACGAGAAUGUGACCUACGCCGAAUAUCCAAACGGCCCUGAAAUUCGAAAUUCACGAGGGAAGAGAUAUGUUAACAGUGAAACAGGUGGUUGAAGAGGCAUAAAGCCUUACUUCUUGGCACUGGACAUAUCGGGAAUGGUUAGGAAGCGUUGAAUACAUUCAGGCGUUACUCCAAUGUUUGAUAUCCACAUGGACGUUAGUCCGACCGAGACUAGCCAGAACGAGGUACGAAGAUACGGAUCAGGAUCCAUACUGUGGAAUUGGAAAAGCAGAAAAUAAUAGGUCCUCCGGGCAUCCAAGAAUUCCACUGCAACUCACUUAAACCAAAUCAAACGACCUCCGGCUUCCGCUAACCGGAACACGUUCACCACUCCACCAAGCUGCAACGUCCCGAGGGUCAUCACAACGAACAGCGCACACAGCAUCGCGCCAAAUUGCAACGUAUCCGUCCAGAUGACCGCACUGGAAAAAAUGGAUUAGACAACGCAUCAUCAUUGUGAGGUCAAGGACGAAUUGUUUAUCCCUCCCAUCUACCAUACCGUAUGCCGCCGAAUGUUGUGUAGAAUAUGCAGAUACAGCAAAUGAUGGGCGUGAUGAUGUGCACAUUGAUACCGGUGACUGUGAGAAGAUGAAGCGAGAAACGUGAGUGACUUGAUGUCGCGUGGGAUCUUGAUCCUCAAGAUUACCUUGACUGAAGGCAAUGGCGGGUGCGUAGAUGAUAACGGGCGUGUUGAGCAAGCAGUAGAACAUGAACAGUCCACUAGCUAAGGUGCGGGUGCGCUUAUCGAACCGCUGCUCGAUGUAGCUGUAGCAGGAGACGGUCUGGAGUUCGUGAAAAACCGGCAAGAACACGUACACCAUGAAGAUCGUCACGAUGAGCCCCGAUAUGGAGCAGGCCCAAUACUGUAUCCCGUACUUGUACAUCUCCGCCGGUACACCGAGCAUCGUGAUGGCCGAGAUGUGGCUGGAAAAUGGUCGUGCGAACAAGGGUUGAGAGCGAAUCCAUUCCUUUACCUUCCCUCUACGCGGGGACAUUCAACUUACGUUGCCGUUAGCGACAUGGCCACGGGGAACACCUUCAUCUGCUUGCUGCCCAGCAGAUAUUCGGCGGUGUUGUUUUGCUUCUGCUUAGCGAAGAAUCCAUAGUACACACCAAUCAGUGCCGACAUGCCCAGCAUCGAGCAAAAGAUGACAUAAUCGAUCGGAGAGAAGAGCAGUCGCUGCUCCAAUGGUGCUUCGGUAGCUUCUUCCAUUGUGGAGGAAACGGUUGGAUCCAUCGUUUACUGGAGUUUACGUUCCGAAUUAGCAACAGUGAACGCACUGCAAUCUUACGAAGCUUUGCAUACACACAAACACACUGGCCUAACGAUCGCCAACACGUCACAAAACACGGAAGUUGAGGCCGGCGUGUACUUCAAUUACGCUCGAUUAGGUAUUUUUAGCGGCACUACGACACGCGCACCUUGGAGCAACAGCAACCGACGCCUUCAGUGGGAGAAAGUGGUCCAUGUACACACGCGCACCAUGUCGGCACACCGUGAACGCACGCGGCUGCUGCAACCUUCC